AUGGCUGGGACCCCGUCAAGUCGUGGCUGUAAUGCUUGCCGAGAGCAAAAGAAGAAGUGCGAUGCAUUGAAACCAGCGUGUUCUCGCUGCGCACGCCUUCAAAUCCCCUGUGUUGGUGCAGGUCAGCGCCGGUUCAUGUUCAAGGUCCAAACCGCAGCCAGUAGAUCAAGAAGACCAAUUACCGGCUCUGGAGAUCACAAUCAGGAAACUGGUGGCUCUUCAGUCAUACCUGUCGGUCAUCCAUCAUCUCCUCCCAGUAAUGCCAUGACUUUAGCAACAGGGGCCUUUGUGUCCGUCCUGGAGGUUGAUGAUCCUCGGUACGAUGUCACCGGUUGGACCGUCUUUCUAAAUGAAAUCCCCAGACGCAUGGGAUGGCUUUCCGAAACACCAGGUCAAAAUGUCAAUCACAUAAACGGCAUCAUGCACCUUCUAAAUAGAGUAUCCGACAAGGACUGGCGAGGAGAAUUUGAAAGGCAGAUUCUAGUAACAAUGUGCAUGGUCGUGAUAUUUGAGAGCAUUGCCAACCCAAGUAUAAAACUAAGCCCCUGGCUCGUUAACCUGAAGAAGACAUACUACGGACCCGAGAAGCCCUGGGGAGUCGAUGACCACAGAGGGAUCGGUACUCAAACAAUCACAGUGGAACACAUGGUCAAAAUACCAGGCUAUUUCCAGGAACCAGAACUUCACUUGCAUGACCUAAGAAGCAGCUAUCAUGUCGCCUUCAGCGAAUCUAAGAGCCUAUGUGCCUAUGUUACAGCCACGGCCGAAUCAAUAACGCCUAAAACUGAUAUCUCCUCGUUUAGAACAUAUGUGCGUAUCCAAGGUGUGGCAUCCGUUCUAGUCUCCAUCGGACUCCUCCUUGGCACCAUCCUGCGAAUAUUUGAACCAGACAAUGAAACUCUCAAGAUAGAGUCUGACUUUCUCAUCUCGGAAGUUGCGAAAAUCGCAGCAAGAGCAGCGACUUAUAGGCCCUUGGGCGCGAUACUUAUCCCGCUUAGCUUAUGCACUGCCUGGGCUGCGGCCGACGAUUCAGGAGCAGAAGCAGAAAUUGAACGCAUCGUCAGGGAUUAUGAAACGGAUUUUCCAGAUGCAAAUUGGUUUGACAUUGCGAUCUGGCUAAGGGCCAAAUUUGAAAGCUUGAAGCAGAGAAUAAAGCAGACGCAGGUGCCUGUGCAUCACGAGAUACUACUCAUUGAUGCUGGAAAGGAGCUUUCGGGGAGGAGUUCGACAGCUCCUUGCUGUGUGAUGUAA